AAACGGCUAGUUCGACGAAUGGAAGAUUGACAUCUGUUAGAUCCUUCAAAUGAGAUGCUGACACGUGUCCUAGCGGGAUGGCUAAUGGCCAUGGCACAGUGUCUUUCGCUUACCUCUCUAGGACCUUUGUUUCGCAUGAGUAAGAAGGCUGAGCUCCAUUCUCCAGUAAGUUCUAAAUCUUUGAUAGCUCGCAAGGAUGGAGAAUUAGCAGUAGUAUCCAAGCAUGGAUUGGCCACUGGAGUUUGCCUCUUUGCCGUGGUAGCAACACUGUGUUGUUCUAACGCUCUUGCUGAGAUCUCGGAAAAAGACACUUACAACAACGUUCCUCGGGACAUUCAAGGCUCGGAGAAAGCGGCCAGGAUCCAAAGACCAAUCUCUCCCAAGGCCGAGAGAUGCACACAAAAGUGUGUGUCGACUUGCAUCGCAGGAGGAGCUGGAGGACCGGGAGAAGGGCCCCUAAACAUCAGAAGACCUUUGGUUGUCUUCAAGGAUGGCUUUCGAACUCGCAAGUACUGCUUGGUUGAGUGUAGUGACAUUUGUAAUCUUCUCAAGGACCGUGACGAUGGCCCAUGAUGCAUCAGUAGAAGCUGGUCCAAAAGGUAGAAAUGUAGUUUAUUCAAGGAUAUAUUAGUGGGAAGGAUAAAUGUAUGUUAACAGCUUAUAAAUACAUCAAAGUUUUUCGA